UCUUUGAGGUCUUUAAAGCACAAAUUAUUGCAGAGAAAAUAAGAAGAGUACAAAAAUUAUUACACGUUUUGGAGUUUUCCGAAACCCUCUCUCUCGUUGAGUGGCUCUUGUAAUCGAUCUUUGAAGCUUCCUUCUCUAUAUAUCAGACUUUUCUCUUUCUCUUUCAUUUUGCCAAACAAAGAGAGAUGGUUUAAUGUUUAUUUUGUGAUUAUCUCUUCUUUCACAUUUUUAUAUAUUUUCUCACUUAACUCAAAACCAACAACAACAACAAACACUUAAAAAAAGCAAAAAUUAGUAGUAAAAGGAUUUGUUUAUUAACUCUACUUAUUAUCAUCUGGUGCUUUGAUCUUUCUCUCUCAAUGGAUUCAGGGGGUAGAAGAAGGGUACAUAGUAGUAGAAGGGUUCCUUCAAUGGGAGUAGAAGGGGAUGAAGAGUUUCAAGAAGAAGAUGUGUGGUCAGUUCUGAGAGAAGGAGAAACUUCAGGUCUUGAAAUGAAAAUACCCAAAAGUCAUUUCUCUUCCUCAUCUUCUUCUUCAUCUUCACCGUGGAAGAUUCAUAGAAGCAAGGACGUCUCAGGGGUGAAACAGUCAUCGGCACCUAUGAAUGUCCCUGAUUGGUCCAAGGUUUAUGGUGGUGACUCAAAGAGCAGCAGAUGGAGUAGUCAUUUGUGUUCUCAUGGUGACGACGAAGAUGAUGAUGGUUGCAUGGUUCCUCCACAUGAAUGGGUUGCAAGAAAGCUAGCAAGAACACAGAUCUCUUCUUUCUCUAUGUGUGAAGGAGUUGGAAGAACACUUAAAGGAAGAGAUCUAAGCAAAGUGAGAAACGCUGUCUUGUCAAAAACUGGUUUCUUGGAGUAAGUAGGUUUAUAAUAUCUCAUCAUCAUCAUCAUCCAUGUGCAUGGAGGAGCAUGAAUCCCAUAACUCUUGUUUAACAUUAUCAUCAUCAUGAAAAACUCAACUUUAUGGUAUCCACAUCAUCAUCAUUAUCAAUGUCAUUGUCGUCAUCAUCAUGUGGGGAUCACUAUACCAAGAGUCUUUUGUUUAAUUUUUUUCCUUUAUUAUCGUUAUUAUUUAUAUUUCAAUGUGUUAUUUAGAGUAGAUAAGUAUCAUAGUGAUGAUGAUGAUGACUUGUCAGCCCCAUGCAGGGGUCCCGUUUUAUUUUUCUUCUGUUGGUUUUUUUUUUUGGUUUCUAUUUGAAGGUUCUUGUUUUUUUUGUAUGAUCUUUAAUUAGAGAGCCUAGAGGCUUAGCCUUAAGUACCUUUAACUAGAACCUCUUUGAGUUCUUCACCAUGUUUGGUUAAAGUUUUUGUCCUUUGCUAUCGAUGUUAUAUAUGUAAACUAUGUACCUCUUUUUGUUAACAUUAGCUAUAUAUGUCUAUCAUCUGAUAA